CCAGAAGCUGCGGGCACAGCGCUGUCUCCGCCCCGGUGCUCCGGCUUCCAUCCCCAUCAACCCGGCCUGUGGGCCAUGGAGCUCCGAGCAGCGGAUCGUGAGCCUCCGGCGCGCCCCAACCUGCCCGCACGGUGCCUGGCUCCUACCCCUUCUCAUCCCGAGCCCUGGAGACAACAGCGCCUGGACUGCUGAGGGACUGUGACAGCAUGAAGGCUCCAGGUCGCCUCCUGCUCAUCAUCCUGUGCUCCUUGGUCUUCUCUGCUGUCUAUGCCCUCUUGUGCUGCUGGGCCUGCCCGCCCCUCUGCCUGGCAACCUGCCUGGACCACCGCCUCCCUAUCCGCUCCGAGCCCACCGUGCCAGGGCCCCUGCACUUCAGUGGAUACAGCAGCGUGCCAGAUGGGAAGCCACUGGUGCGCGAGCAGUGCCACAGCUGUGCCGUGGUGUCCAGCUCUGGCCAGAUGCUGGGCUCGGGCCUGGGCGCCCAGAUUGACGGGGCUGAGUGUGUGCUACGCAUGAACCAGGCGCCCACCGUGGGCUUUGAGGUGGACGUGGGCCAGCGCAGCACCCUGCGCGUGAUCUCACACACGAGUGUGCCGCUGCUGCUGCGCAACUACUCACACUAUUUCCAGCAGGCCCGCGACACACUGUACGUGGUGUGGGGCCAGGGCAAGCACAUGGACCGGGCGCUGGGCGGUCGCACCUACCGCACGCUGCUGCAGCUCACGAGGAUGUAUCCGGGCCUGCAGGUGUACACCUUCACCGAGCGCAUGAUGUCCUACUGCGACCAGGUCUUCCAGGACGAGACAGGCAAGAACCGGAGGCAAUCGGGCUCUUUUCUCAGCACCGGCUGGUUCACCAUGAUCCUUGCCCUGGAGCUAUGCGAAGAGAUCGUGGUCUAUGGAAUGGUCAGUGACAGCUACUGCAGGGAGGAGCGUCCCCCCUCGGUGCCUUACCACUACUUCGAGAAGGGCCGGCUGGACGAGUGUCAGAUGUACCUGGCGCACGAGCGGGCGCCCCGCAGCGCCCACCGCUUCAUCACCGAGAAGGCCAUCUUCUCCCGCUGGGCCAAGAAGAGGCCCAUCGUGUUCGCCCACCCGUCCUGGAGGACGGAGUAGCCCCUGUCACCUGACCAGCUGCCCUACCUUCUUCAGGUCUCCGUCCCACCCCAGGCCACCACACUCCACCAAAAACAUUUAAUUUAUGGAUCCUGCCUCCUGCCACAUGCAGGUGGACCUAGGGUUCCUUCCUUCCUCGCCCUGGGGAUACUAGGAGCCUUCUUGGGCCUCACGGCUUGAGGGGGAGCAGAGGGACGUCCCUCAUCUCCACCCCCCACUCCCUGAGUACUCCACGUCACUCUGGGGUCCAUCGCACCUCCAGGGCUGUCAAGUGGCCUUUGUCCCUGGGGCUGAUGGCCCCCACUCACCAGCAUCAUGACCUUGUGCCAGUCCUGGCCCUUCCUCCACGUCCAGCCGCCUUUGGUGCCACACUUCCCGGGCCAGUUGCCGUGGUUGGGGCAGCUGAGGGCCUGGACUUUGGUGGGUGAAGGGCCCUUUGAGCUGUGACUGCCAGGGCCAUCUCAGAAGCAUACGGGUAAAUGAGUGUUUUCUGGAC